GUCCACCCCAAAUCUAACUCUUCGACUCGAGCUCUUGAUCAUUACAGUCUACCUUGUCAGCCCACCAUGAAAUUCCUAGCCUCGAUUCUCACUACCACCUGCCUGGCCAGCAGUGUCCUUGCUGCUCCCCGCAAUGGCCUAGCAGAUCGCAUUCAAGCCCGGUCCAUGAAUCGUGGCUCGCGUCCCCUGCAACCACUCCCAUCAACAUCAGACUCGAGGAACAAUUACCGAGAAGCAGAGGAGUUAUCCCUCAACACAUCCCACGUCACCUACAGCAGCAACUGGGCCGGGAUCGUCCGCGAACAGCCUCCCGUUGCAGGCCCAUACACAGCCGUCAGCGCGACCUUCCAAGUCCCCAAGCCCACCGCCGCAGCCAACAGCCGCGGGACGCAGGCCGGUUCGGCCUGGGUUGGCAUCGACGGCGACACAUACAACGCCGCCAUCCUCCAGACCGGGGUGGACUUCUACGUCCAGAACGGCAAAGUCUCCGCCGAUGCCUGGUACGAAUGGUAUCCGGACUACGCGUACGACUUCGGCCUCUCCGUGAGCCCCGGGGAUACCAUCGUGGCCAAGGUCCAGGCCCUCUCCCCGAGCCAGGGCGUGGCCCUCAUCGAGAACAAAUCCACCGGUCAGAAGGCGUCGCAGACGAUUUCGGCGCCGGAACCGACAGCCACCCUGGCGGGCCAGAAUGCAGACUGGAUCGUCGAGGACUUCCAGGCGGGCGAUCAGCAGGUGGCGCUCACGGACUUUGGCACGGUUACGUUCACGGGGGCGCAGGCGCAGGGCGGUGGUCAGAAUGUGGGGGUCCAGGACGGGACGAUCAUCGAGCUGAAGCAGAAUGAUAAGGUGUUGACGGAGGUGGAUGUGCAAAGCAAUUCGAAGUUCAGCGUUACCUACAUCGGAUGAUUCCCGGGGCAGUUGCAUGCAUGCCUCA